GCGAGAGUGACCACUAACCCUCUGCACUUCAUCAUGCAGGUUAUUCGUCAUGCCAUCGCUCUGAUGUUCUUUCCUGCGCUGUCUGGAUCAUCAACGUGCGCAUCUCUGGUGCGCGCGCUACCGUCCCGUGGACCUGCACAGCUUUCGACACGUGGGACUUGGCUGGACAGUACUCAGGAUUCAACGCUGCAAGCUAUGCCACUAUCUCAGUACUUGGUCCUCGGCACAGCUUGGAAGGCCUCACCGUCAACGACAUCAAUUGCUCCCCAAGCUAUAAAGCCACCGCCCCCGUCGGCAUCGCCUUGUGGGCUCGGCAGCUGUUCUGCGAGAGUGACCACUAACCCUCUGCACUUCAUCAUGCAGUCUCUAUCAUCAGCCACUCUACCAAACGAAUGGAAGGUGGGCAAGGUCGUUCCCGUCUACAAGUCAGACUGGAACGGCCUUCCCCACGCCAUCGUUGCCACCGCCAACCCAGAUGCUUUCAUUGAUGCUGUAAAAUUGCACUUCUCAUCCUGA